CUCAUUUGGAAAGUCUGUAGCAUCGAAAUGUGCGUUUGGCGCUAAAAUAUUAGAAGAUGGAUCCAAACUGGUGGAUACACCAGGCUUAUUCAAUACAAGGAAAUCUAAUAAGGAAACUGUAACAGAAAUGGUUCGCUGUAUCGGUCUGACAUCUCCAGGACCACACGUUUUUGUAGUUUUUACAUGUAAAAAUAAAUUGGAUUGUGGAGAUGUUACGCUAGAACAGUAUUUAGACCAAUGUCCAGAAGAAAUAAAAUCAAUCAUAGACGAAUGUAAAGGUCGUUGUGUUGCCAUUAAUAAUUAUGCCGAUCCUGUAAAUCUGGCAAAAGAUGUCGAAGAUGUGCUGAAAGUGUUUAGGGGAUCCAUUCAAAGUAAUAAUGGUAAAUACUAUACAGGGACCAUGUAUGAAGCCGCUGAAGAAAUCUUUAAAGAAAAGAUGCAGAAAAUAGAGGAGGAGAAACAUAAGAGAGAAAGGGAGCUCGAUGAGAAAGAACGGAAACUCGAAGACGAAAUGAAAGAAAAAACACAGAAGGUUGAGAAAGAAGCGGAAAAACAACGAUUGAAGGACGAGGAAAAUCAACGAAAUAAACGAAAAUUAGAAGAAAGGCGACUAGAGAUAGAGCGAGAAAAAGAAAGAAAAAACAAAGAGAUAGAAGACCGGAAAAGGAGACUUGACGAGAAGAAUAAAAAAAGGAAGAAAUUAGCCGUGGAGAACCAUAAGAAACGUAUUGAUUUAGAUGGGAAAAUAGAAGAACAAAAAAUAGGACAGAAUCGGCUAGAGGGGGAACUCAAGUUCCAAACACAGGUGUUUGAAAUGGUAAGAAAACAGCAGUGGAUUGGAAUAGAACAGCGGAUAAUAGAAAACCAGAGAAGAAUGCGUGAGAUGGUGGAACAGUAUAGAAGACUCAAUGAGGAGUGCAGAGAAAGGCAGAAAACGACCGUGGAAGCCCCGAAGAAACGUCUCCAAGCUGAAGCUGAAGGAAAAACGCGGGAGUUGGAGGAAAAGAACAAGGGACUUAAAGUGGAAAGGGUAGUAGAACCAAUAAGGCUGCGAAUAGUAGUGGUAGUUGGAACUGGGGUAGGAAGAGAUGAAGUUGUAAACAGAUUUCUACAGUAUAACGCGUUUGUAUCUGGGUGUAUAGUAGAUACACCCGGGUGGUUUGGAAGCGCUGCAACAUCCCCAGGGCAAUGGCACACAAAGGAAAAAGGGAGAAGAAACCAAAAAAUGUUUCGAAGCAUCAGUCUCACGUCUGAUAUUUUUAGAAGACGUGUGACUGGAACAGAAAAAAGUGAAGUUGUGAAAUCUGGAGAAAACGGUACACCUCUAUUGUCAUCCAUUUGUUCUAGUUUUAACUCAAUUUUUACGGUCUACCAACGAAAACCUUAUAUCGUCCUGUUAUUGUUGAUGACAUUAAGUUCAGUAGCAUCGGAACCACAUGUUAAGUUGAACUACACCAAGAAUCCAGUGAUCAGUACAUUACGUCAAAGGAUUGAUUUGGAAUGGAUAUAUGAAACUAACCAUUCUCUCCAAAGUAUAAUUUUUACGCGUUAUAGAAACACCGCCGAUCCUAAGGUGCCUGUAGGAGAAUGGACACAGGAAAAGGGGUUCAAGUCUGACCCUUUUAUAUCAACUAUAUUACACCUUAAUUUUAAGGAUGUGAAUAUGGGGGUGCGUGUUCUAUGUUUGACGUUGGAAAACCCAAUUCAUAUAGACUAUGAUCUCCUAUAUGAAUGUGAAAUAAAAUGCACAGAUUCAACAGAAACGAGUUCAGCAAUAAUAGAAUUCAAAGCAUUGGGACCAAAAUGGACCGUCAGAAAAAAGGAAGUGUAUUCACGAUUGGGACAAGCUGCUAAAUUUAUGUGGGAAAAUACUUAUCCUUUCACAUCAGAAGCCGUAAUUAUCACCAGACAGAAAGAUGGAGAACUAGAGGAACUAGGCUUUUGGUACAACGGAGAGUUUACACCAAGCAACCUGUUGCUCAACAAGGUCACCUUGAACAAGAUGCCAAUGAAAGACAAUGUUGAGAGAAUCCAUCUGACGUUGGCAAACGUCUCCCAAGAAGAUUUCGGAUGGGACUACACAUGUAAACUCAUUCUGGGUGAUGGAGAACAAUCAUCUACUGUAACAAGAUUAACACAACGUGAAGAAUAUGUAUUAGAAUUUGAAACCGCUGCAGCAACAAGAUCAUCAGUGGGUUUCUGUACCAUAUUAACUGUUGCUGUGGCUUCUAUCAUCUCUUAUAUGAAAAACUGGAUUUAGCAGGAAGAGCUAGUGAUUUUUCUAUUUUUUUGAUCUUACGAUCCUUUUUUUUACGGGAUCACUAUUUCUUUGCCAAUCAAUGUUUACUUUCAUAGUUUAACAAUUUCACAAAAGCAAAACUAUACUAGCUCUCACUGGCCGUUAGAAAAAAGCAUCCGGUGUCAUUACGUUUAAGGCCCGUAAUAUUCUCUAACAAACAAAUUCAGAAGUCUCCAAUUUUAAAAUGCGUCGAUAUUCAAAUGGAUAUUAUUAAUUCCCACAAUAAUCUUGAUAUUGUCAAUGGAGUAAAAAAGAAAGCUAAAAUAUACAACAACUAGGAGCUCGUUUGAUACAACCUAUUAUAAUAUUAAUAAUAACUAGAUCUGUCAGGCAGAUAUAAAAGAUUUCAUAUUCAUGGUCACUUCCUCUCAUAGGUUAACAUAUCAAAAAGAAAUUAUAAUUAUAAAAAUUGGUCAGAACUCACUAUCUCCUUUCUAAUUAGUUCGCGUUUCUCGUCCACCCACAACCUCUGAAACGACAUAUCACACAUGUAUGUUGCUAUUGGUAUUUACAGAAUACUUUUCGAGCCAAUUUCUGUCGCCAUUUUGGAGUUUGGCGGCAAUAUUGGAUCAACCGUUUGUGAAAUGAAUAUGAAACCAAAAUGAGUCGGGUGAUCAACAAUAUCUAAAAAAUGAUAUAAUACACGGGUGAUUUUGCCAGUAAUGUUUGUCAAUGUCAAUUUCAGACCAUUUUGGGCAGUCAUCUUGGAUUUUCGGCUACCCAGGAGUUAGCCAGUAGAUUUCAGAGGUAUAACAAACUACAAAUAUCUUCACUAGUGUCGUUUCUAUCAGAAACCACUGUGAAACCUUGUUCCCAGAGAAAAAGUUACGGAUCUAGGGAUUAUGACCCGACUAUAUCCAGAAAUGUUUUAAUUACGGGAAUAGAAGGCGGAAGAUGCAAAAUUGGUUUUUACUUCCGGGAUGAGAUGCGACGUAAUUUUCGAAAUUCGGAAAUAGCAGAUUUAAAGUAAAUAUUUCAAAGUACGCACAGAACAGUUUUUUUUAGAAGAAUACCUAUGUAGGUCAUUUCGGUGAUUUCGGAUUCGUAAAACGUUUUGAAAAUAUAUUCAUUCCAAAGUCACCACCUGUAAUAAUAAUAAUAGUACUAAUGAUUAUAUAACUUUAACAAAAACAAUAAGUGUUAUUUUAUGGAAUAUAAUUAAUUUGAUACUAAAAGAAAUACACUUUUGAGUCAUUCCAUAUCAACUGGACCAAUUGUGGGAACAUGACCCCCUCCCAAAACAUUAUAAAAAAUAUAUGUCAUAGUAUAUUGCCUUAAACUAAGAAAUUCGAAAUUUUACCCCUCUAGGUUGGAAACUCACUGAGAAAUGGCCAUUUGAAAUCAGGGUACUGAAACGGAUCAUAAAUUCUAUAUUUUUUUUCAGGUUUUCGAAUGCAUUAAACUCACAUUUCUAAUAGGAGUAGAACUCCCUAACUUCGUAAUCUAAGACAACUUUUGGUGUAGAUUAUGAAUUUAGCACCACACACAAUGUGCGAUUCACACAGUUCGUGCCACAAAUGUGGAACAAAUAAACUAUUCACUUUUUUCCAGGAUUUCCACAGCCACUGACAAACUAAAUUGUUCAAGUUUUUUUUUCCUGUAGACACUUAUUUAAGUGGUUUUUUUAUCUUGCUGAAGUGGUACCUUUCAUUAUCAAUUAAAAACAUCUGUUGUUCAUAAUAUUUUUUUCGGGAGGGGGGGGGGGGCAAAUAGAUAGCGCGCUGAAUUAUAAGGUCUGUUAUUCAGUCAACUUGCGUGGUUUCGAUUUCCCGGAUGUAUGUGACAAGGAGUAGUGUCGCCUGUCCAACCUCGUGGAUUUUCUCCGGGUCCUUCGGUUUCCUUCCACCGCUAAAGACCCCUACGGGCAAGCGAAUUAUUGAAACAAAAUAGAACCAUAUGUUAGUCCCAAAAUGACCUGGUUUUAUCCGAUUUGACAUAUGUCGCAUUUUUAGAUUUUGGAUCCCCUACAGUUUUUAUCAGAUUUAAUGUUGUGGUUUCUUUAUAAGUUUACUGAAAUACUUUUACUUGUCUUUUAUAGAUGAUGGUAUCUUAUAAGUUUACUAAUAUGCUUUUACAUGUCUUAUAUGGUAUCUUACUAAUAAACUUUUACAUCUAUUAUAUGUUAUGGUAGUUUACUGAUAUACUGUUUUUAUAUGUCUAUUAUAUGUUAUGGUUUUCUUUGCUAAACCUUCGCUUUUUUAUUUCUAUAGAAUCUAUUCGUUUUUUCGAAUUGUAAAAGCGCCAUAGAGCAGCUGUUUCCAGCUGGAUUUUGGGGCUAU